CAAAAAGCCGUAACAAAACUAAUUUCAAAGUAAGUCGAAAGUUCUCACGAUGUACAACAAUGGUCAGCAACAGAUACGUUCGGCGGAAAUGUCCACAAAAGUUAUACAAAUAUCCUGUUUCAUUCUUCUGUUCAUCUAUUUUGCCGAAAGCGCAGCCGGUUCCUGUCUCAACUAUGGGCAUUCUUGUUGGGGAGCUCAUGGUAAACGAAAUAACGCGCCUCCCAUUCCCAUUGCAAGACUGGAAGAUGAAACUGAAAGAUUGCUACUAUCUAAGUUAAUACAAGCUUCGUUGCAAGCAAAGUCAUUACGAAAAGAUCCAAUAGGAAACGUUCCUACACAUGAUGUAUUCGAUGGUAUUACUCAAGCUCUGGACGAACCGUCACAAGGAGAACUGAAUAAGUUAAGAAAAAGUCGACUUUCGGAAGAUCAUUAUGCCCAAUCUGUUAAACGAUUAUUUAAGUUCUUAGAUGAAUAAACUGAAAAAAAUAGUAAUGUGUUUAUCGAAAAUGUCAUUUAAAUAGUUACAUACCUUUGUUCUUGUUAAAUCUGUAAAAAAUAAUGAAACAC